AUGGGCGCCCGCGCGGCGCCAAGGAGGCGGAGCCCAGCCUGGGUUGGGGGAAUCCCGCUAAGUGUUUAGAUUUCUCCGCGGCGCCGCGGCCUCGGCAGAGCGCGCCACUCCUUCGUCGAGGCAGGACGUGUGCCCUAGCCAGCAGAGCCGAGGCCAGCAGGAUCAGUGCCCAGCCAAGGCCAGCCGUGCCCAGUGGACCCAAGACCCGGGCAUCCUCUGCCUUAUCUCCGCUUCGCGGUCCGCACAGCAGUCCCCGCCUCGUUGGGAACCUCGGGCGCCGCCAGCGGAUCGCUCUUGCUGCAGAGCCAACAUGCCCAUCACUCGGAUGCGCAUGAGACCGUGGCUAGAGAUGCAGAUUAAUUCCAACCAAAUUCCGGGGCUGAUCUGGAUUAAUAAAGAGGAGAUGAUCUUCCAGAUCCCAUGGAAGCAUGCUGCAAAACAUGGCUGGGACAUCAACAAGGAUGCCUGUUUAUUCCGGAGCUGGGCCAUCCACACAGGCCGAUACAAAGCUGGGGAAAAGGAACCAGAUCCUAAGACAUGGAAGGCAAACUUCCGCUGUGCCAUGAACUCCUUGCCAGACAUCGAGGAGGUGAAGGACCAGAGCAGGAACAAGGGCAGCUCAGCCGUGCGGGUAUACCGGAUGCUUCCACCCCUGACCAAGAACCAGAGAAAAGAGAGGAAGUCCAAGUCCAGCCGAGACACUAAGAGCAAGGCCAAAAGAAAGUCAUGUGGGGACUCCAGCCCUGACACCUUCUCUGAUGGACUCAGCAGCUCUACUCUGCCUGAUGACCACAGCAGCUAUACAGCUCAGGGAUAUGUGGGACAGGACCUGGAGUUGGAGCAGGCACUUACUCCAGCACCAUCACCGUGUGUUGUCAGUAGCACUCUUCCUGAUUGGCACAUCCCGGUGGAAAUUGUGCCGGACAGCACCAGUGACCUCUACAACUUCCAGGUGUCACCCAUGCCCUCCACCUCUGAAGCUGCAACAGACGAGGAUGAGGAAGGGAAAUUACCUGAGGACAUCAUGAAGCUCUUGGAGCAGUCUGAGUGGCAGCCGACAAAUGUAGAUGGGAAGGGUUACCUUCUCAAUGAACCUGGGGCCCAGCCCACCUCUAUCUAUGGAGACUUCACCUGCAAGGAGGAGCCGGAAGUUGACAGCCCUGGGGGAGAUAUUGGGCUCAGCCUACACCGUGUCUUCACAGAUCUGAAGAAUAUGGAUGCCCUCUGGCUGGACAAUCUGCUGCCCCCAGUCAGGGUGCCCUCCAUCCAAGCCAUUCCUUGUGCACCGUAGCUGGGCCUCUCGGCCUCCUUUCUCCCUAGGCAAACAAAACUUGGCAUCAUGGUGGCUAUGGUACAUAGAAGCUGCACUCCUGUGGGCCCCUCGACAUAGCAAAGUGUGACCCCACUGCAGGGAUGGGACCUCUAUCUUUGGGUCAGUGGACUCUCAGAGGACCUGGCAGGCCAGAGUCUGGGUUUGCCUUGUGCUGUAAAGCUGGCCCUGCCUCCUGAGAAUUAGGGGUUGAGGUUCAGAGAUUGGUGUGUCAGGUGGACUUGGACAGAAGUUGGCCUUCAUAUUUUCUCUGUGAUCCCGGCUGCCUGGAGAGGGUCUCUCUGUCACUGAGUGGCCCUGCAGGGAACAGAUCAGUGACCUCAGAAGAGAAUAGCGCCAACUCCAGGGCUGGCUCUGCACUAAGAGACAAUUGCACUAAGUGAAUCUAUUCCCAAAGAACCCCCUCCCUUCCCAGCUGAGCCCUGGGGACUGUUCCAAAGCCAGUGAAAUGUGAAGGAAAAUUGGGGUCCUGCAGGGUGGUGUCCCUCAGCCUCAGAGGAGUGCUGCCCUGCUUCAUACUUCAGAUGAGGGGCUUGGGAAAAGACAUGGCACUUUUUCUUGUGGACCUUGCCACAUUUCUUAUUAGAAAUGUACACUAAUGUUUUCCCCAAGCUCUUGGCCUUCGCAUUUAUUUAUACAGUGCCUUGCCCUGUGCCCACCACCCCCUCAGGCCCUGGAAGCUCUCAGCAGGUCCAGGCAGGGAAGUGUGAGCGUCUUGGUAUGACUUAAAAUUGGAAAUGCCAUCUAGCCAUUAAGUCAUGUGAGAUCACAUGUAGACAUGUUUAUAAAUAUGUAUAUAUUUGUCUUUUUAUAAAAAGUUAAUUGUUUAUGA